AUGGCUUCAGUACCGACUGCCAAAGACGAGAAGGAGAAGAAAAAUGAGGCCUUGGCUACGGCUAUCUUGAAGGAUAAGGUGAAGCCGAACAGGCUCAUCGUUGAUCAGAGUGACAAGGAUGACAACUCGAUUAUUGCUCUCAGUCAAGCUAAAAUGGACGAACUUGCACUGUUCCGUGGUGACACCGUUGUGCUCAAGCCCGCUAUUUGCAGGGAAAGAAGAGAAAAGAGACUGUUCGCCAUCGUUCUCGCUGAUGAUAACUGCUCUAAUGACAAGAUUAGAAUGAACCGUGUGGUCCGUCAUAAUCUUCGCGUACGCCUUGGAGAUGUCGUAAGUGUAACAGCAGCUCCAAACAUCGGUUAUGGCAGGCGCGUGCAUGUUCUUCCAAUCGAUGACACUGUUGAAGGGCUCACAGGAAACCUCUUUGAAGUCUUCCUGAAGCCAUACUUUGUUGAAGCGUACAGACCUCUUCAUAAAGGUGAUAUUUUCACUGUC